AUGGACAAGGAGCCAAACAAGCUCUGCUGGGGACGGCUUCUCGGAAAGGUCAUCAGGUCGGGCAAGCUCUGGCAUUACGUCCCCCCCGAGGAAGGGUCGCCGUUGAAGCAUCCGUUUGCUGUUCUGGUUUCCAGCAGCGCAUAUCUGACACGGAGCAUGGCUUGUUCCAAGACUGUGGUGACGACCGUUGUGUUUCUGAACUAG